GGAGAAUUAGCUGCCUCUAAAAAUUGACUGAACAUAAAAUUAGUUUCGCAUUAAUUAUAUAUUACCAUGUCAGAUGAAGAAAGUGACACUGGGGAAACGGAGACUACUUGGGAUGAUACAACCGAACGCACAUCUGACAAUGGAAUUUCAGUUUCAACGACCCAAGACACGGAAUUUGAAACCGUAACGGAACGGACAGAUUCUGGAACGGAUCUGACUUCUACGAGAACUCCUUCAACAAAAAGCGAACCUCAAGAGACCGAACGGAAAUACCUUCUACCAGAAGAUAUUUUGUGUCAGAAAGGACGUCAUAUAAAAUCUGAGGACCCAAACUGGUGUCGUUGCCCUGUCCCAAAUUUAAGGGAUAUCAUCGUGGAUGGAUCUCAGUCAGUACGAGGUCCUGAACUGGCAAGUUUGAUAAAAAGCGCUACUGAGGAGCAGAAAAGAAGGAUGAUAGAUCUCUUGCCUUUGGAUAUUCCUGUCAAGUAUAUUUUGCCCAAUCUAGAAGAAGGCCCUUACUGGAAAAGACAAUGUUUGCUAAAAUGGCCGGCAUACGAUGUUUGGCGUUUCGAUGACAAGUGGAAGGCCAUGUUUGUGGAAAAGUCUGUUCAAGAGUUAAUUGAAAAUUUUAUACCUGAUCAGUCUGAUAUUUCUGAGCUGGAGAAACAUUUAAAGACAUUCUCAGAUUACGUUUACCGCUUGAAAAUAACGAAAUUGAACAAAAUCCCUGAAAGUAUUCUAAAUGUAGAUCUUUUCCCUGAGAACUUUGACGAACUUUUGGAUGAUUUUGUAGCCGCACCCGAAAGGCCAAUAUAUUUGAACUUAGAUUUGGUACUUGGCAGUUUGCACCAGCUUAGAGAAUUCACUUUCAUUCUUCCUCCAAAAUCAUUAGACUUUGAAACUCUGCAAUUAUCAAUCGCUGAUUUUAAUUCUCUGCUGCGAGGACUCCGAAAGCUGCAAAAGCUUGAAAAAUUUAGAUGUUCUAAUGGCUUUGUUCCAAAUUUUCAAAUUGAGAUUCUGUGUAAGCUAUUUGUCGAUCACACAUGUAUGAAAGAAAUUAAUCUUUCGUACAAUUUUGUAAAUGAUGCCAUGUGCCAAUGGAUAGGAAAAAUAUUAAUCUCAAAAUGUCCUCUUGAAACACUAAUCCUUAAAUAUAACAGCAUAACUGAUGAGGGGCUCAAAGCUAUUGCUUCAGGACUGUCAGAAAAUACGACAUUGAAGAAACUGGAUUUAUCCCUCAAUUUGAUUGGAGACAAAGGUGGUAUAUUUCUCGCUAAAGUUAUAGAAAAUAAUAGCACAAUUGAUGACUUGGAUAUUUCGAAAAACAAAGUGAGAAGUGGAACUGGCUUGGCAUUCGCGGAUGUUGUCAAAAUUUCAAAAUCUUUGAGAAAUCUGAACAUAGCAGAGAAUUACCUAAGUCCAGAAGUAGGCCCAGCAUUUUCUCAGGCCAUGGAUGUAAAUCAGACCAUAUUGCAACUGGAUAUUCGAUUUUGCGGAUUCCGUGCAGCAGACGAAGAUCUCAUACACAAGGCUCUCAUUCGUAACCGGUCAAAUCUCGGAUAUAUUUCUUACGUAGGAGAUAAGAAAAAUGUGACUGCUGCCGAGUAUAUUGUAUAGAAAACAUGUUAACAUAGUUUAAGAUUAUGCUAAAACUAUUUAAUAUUGCUCUUCCUGGCUUCACAAAGUUGAAAAGUAAUAAUGAAAGUUUUGACAAAAGCACGUAUAGAGGUAUGGUAACUGUAUUAAAUGGUGAAAUGUAUAUUCAAGAAACAAGCAUUUUAAAAUUGUUUGACCUUUCGUUACCUUCUGAGUUUAUAAUGAUGUCUUUCGAGGAUUGAAAAUGGCCUCAUAGGCAAUGAUCAGUAUAAUAACAUGUGAAACGCUAUGGUUUUUAAAAUUUUAUAAGUUCUUAAGGGUUGCUGUUGGUAUGAAGCAGCGAUACGUUACUCAAGAGAUGACUGGUAUUCCUGAAGAUAAAGUAUUAAAAUAUAAUGUCAGGUCUUCUGAAACCAUUAGCCAAAUAAAAAUUAUUUUUUAUACUA